GUCAGGCUAUAUGAUGCUGAUGAUACUGCCAUUUCAUCAGCACAUUUUCACAAACAUCUCUUUAUCCCUAAUCAUGAGACUGACAAUAUGAAUUUACAAAGAAUUUAUGGGCAUUCCGAAAGUAACAGGUCUUAAUACAAACGCCCCAGUCGAUUAUGGUCAAGCGCUUGGUCUUUUAGUGCAUAUUCAAAGCGGGACUAGUUGCACAUUUAUCCUCAAAAACAUUCGGGUGUGCUUGGAUGCCUUGCCUGGGAACGUCACGGUAUUUUACGCUUUCUGCCUGAAAGACAGCGAAGAAUAUGGGGCUUGCCAUCCUCAGACACUGAGAAGCAUAACCAAGAUCAAAUAAGAUAUGGAAGCUAUAUGGCUGUACCAGUUCCGGCUGAUUGUCAUUGGCGACUCGACGGUGGGGAAGUCAUGUUUGAUCAGACGUUUCACAGAAGGACGUUUUGCACAGGUGUCUGAUCCUACUGUUGGCGUAGACUUCUUCUCCCGUCUGGUGGAGAUUGAACCAGGCAAACGCAUCAAGCUUCAGAUCUGGGACACGGCAGGCCAAGAGAGAUUCAGAUCUAUCACAAGGGCUUAUUAUCGUAAUUCAGUGGGUGGCCUUUUGCUUUUCGACAUCACCAACCGCCGCUCCUUCCAGAAUGUCCACGAAUGGCUGGAGGAAGCGCGCAGUCACGUGCAGCCGCAUAGCAUUGUCUUCUUACUGGUCGGCCACAAGUGUGACCUGGAGCAGCAGCGGCAGGUGAGCCAGCAGGAGGCCGAAAAACUGGCGGCCGCUUACGGCAUGCGCUACGUGGAGACCUCGGCCCGUGACGCCAUAAACGUAGAGCGGGCCUUCACGGAGCUGACGCGCGACAUCUACGAGCUGGUCAAAAGCGGUGACAUCACUAUCCAGGAGGGCUGGGAGGGCGUUAAGAGCGGUUUCGUCCCCAACGUGGUGCAUUCGUCCGAGGAGGUGACCAAGAGCGACCGUCGCUGCCUCUGUUGAUCAAGUGACUUCUGUAUCAUGCUCCUUCACUGCAAAACCAGUGCUGUCGUUCUCCCUUAGCUUGACAACCCACAAAUACUCUCAUCCCUUCGAUCAAUGUUUCCUGCUUUCAUAGUUAAAGUUCCGAUUCUCUUUAAAGCCAAUUCAAGUAAUGACCUUAAUAUCAGCAAAUGUGAAUUUCCUGGAGCUUUAGCACUUCUUGUUGGUUAAUCUGGCAGGAUGGAACCUGGAGAACUGAGUCGUGGGAACAAAAUGCAGAAACACUGAUUCUUUGGAGCAAAGACUGAUCUGAAGUUUAUACCAAAAGUAAUGAUGGACCAUUUGAGAGCAUGUACAGGAGGACCACACCAGUCCAAACAUCCCAUUGGACUAUAUAGCCCCUAAUGUGUUCACUAAAGAUACCAUUAAUAAUAAUAAUUUCCUGUAAUUCCUUUUUGAGUGAAAUUCCUAGUUUUGUUCAGCAAAGAUGCAUUGAAUUGAUCAAAGGUGACAGUAAAGACAUCAAUAAUAUGUGACCCUGGACCACAAAACCAGUCUUAAUAGCAAUAGCCGAAAAUACAUUAUUUGGGUCAAAAUUAUUGUUUUUUUCCUACUGUAAAUAUAUCAAAACCUAAUUUUUCAUUAGUAAUAUGCAUGGCUAAGAACUUCAUUUGGACAACUUUAGAGUUGAUUUUCUCAAUAUUUAGAUUUUUUUGUACCCUCAGAUUCCAGAUUUUCAAAUAGUAUUUCAGCCAAGCUACACAUCAAUUGAAAGCUUAUAUAUUCAGCUUUCAGAUGAUGUAGAAAUACAAAUUUACCCUUAUGACUAGUUUUGUGGUCCAGGGUUGCGUAUUACAGAAGUUCAAAUAUAAAAAGUAUCAAUGGAUCAUCAACAACAUUAAGCAGCACAACUGUUUUUACCAUUGAUAAUUAUAAGAAAUGUUUCUUGGCCACCAAAUCAGCAUAUUAAAAUGAUUUCUGAAGCACCGUGAGAUACUGAAGAACGGAGUUUUGACUAUUGACUACUUUGCUGUUACAGGAAUUAAUUACAUUUUAAAAUAUAAUAGAAAACAUUCAAACAGUAAUAAUGUUUCACAAUAUUGCCAUUUUACUGUUUUUGAUCAAGUAAAUGCAGACUUGGUGAGAAUAACAGACUUAAUGUUCAGCAGGGGGUGAAAUUCUGUUCCUUAUGGUCAAGCCUUAUCGCCUGACGAGAAGAAGAUGAGAAAUCUCGUAUUGGCAUAUGGAUUACCAUUUGCAUAACCAGUUUUACUACAAAUACAGUAGAGGUCAAAAGUUUGCAUCCCCCUUCCAGAGUAAUUAAAAAUGUUCUUUUUUUUUUUAACCAAAAUAAGAGGAAUAAUACAAAAUGCAUGUUGUUGUUUAUUUAGUACUGACCUGAAUAAGUUAUUUCACAUAAAAGAUGUUUACAUGUAGUCCACAAGAGAAAAUAAUAGUUGAAUUUAUAAAAAUGACCCUGUUGAAAAGUUUACAUACACUUGAUCCUUAAUACUGUGUUGUUACCUGAAUGAUCCACAGCUGUUUGUUUUUUUGUUUUUUUUGUUUUUUUUGUUUAGUGAGUCUUUUGUUUAUCAUGAACAGUCAAACUGUCAGAAAAAUCCUUUUUGCAUUUAGAGCCGGGGGUGAAAACUUUUGAACAGAAUGAAGAUGUGUACAUUUUUCUUAUUUUGUCUGAUCUUCAAAUUUAAAAAGUUUUCACCCCCCCGGCUUACUUCUGGAGCAUCAGUGAGCAUUUGAACCUUCUGUAAUAGUUGUAUAUGAGUCCCUCAGUUGUCCUCAGUGUGAAAAGAUGGAUCUCAAAAUCAUACGAUCAUUGCUGGAAAGGGUUCAAAUACACAAAAAUGCUGAAAAACCAAAGAAUUUCUGGGACCUGAAAGAUUACUCUGAAGAACAGCAGGCAGUUUGACUGUUCAGGACAAACAAGGGACUCAUAAACAACUAUCAUUAAACAGAAAAACACAACUGUGGAUCAUUCAGGUAACAACACAGUAUUGAGAAUCAAGUGUAUGUAAACUUUUGAACUGGGUCAUUUUUAUAAAUUCAGCUAUUAUUUUCUCUUGUGGACUAUAUGUAAACAUCUUUUAUGUGAAAUAUCUUAUUUAGGUCAGUACUAAAUAAACAAUAACAUGCAUUUUGUAUGAUCCCUCUUAUUUUGGUAAAAUAACUAACAUUUUUAAUGAUUCUGAAAGGGGGAUGAAAACUUUUGACUUCAACUGUACCAUGGGUUAAACUAUGCUUAUUGUAGCAAAAUCAUGGUUAAUUUGUGGUUACCAUGGUUUAACUAUAGUAACCAUGAUUUUUUGGUUUUAUUUGUAGUAAAACCAUGGUUAAUUUUCAUAAGGUGAGGUCAUACCAAUAAUAGGGAACGUAAGAAGUCCUUUUUUUCUUCAGGAUGCACCCUCAUGAUUGUUAAAUAAUUUAAUAAAAGGCAUUUUGAAUCGCUACAUUCAAAUCUCUGAGAUCAUCUGUCAACCUUCCAGAGAAUGUUCAGUUAUGGGGAGCUACAUUUGAAUUUCCCGCCUUUUUCCCCUCAUUCAGAAUGGGUCAUGAUAUCACCACAGGCAGAUUUCCAGAGACUUUACCUACAUAUCUAUUUGUAAAGCACCGUUAAAUCAUGUCCCUGAUUUUUCUGGUUUGGUUCUUCUUAAUAAAGUUCACUCUUUCAUAACUGUUGCCUGUCACUUGAGGUUAGUAGCUGCUGAGAUGUACGUUUUUUGACUUACAGACUAAUACAAUGUCAUUUAGCUGACUGAAAUGACUAUUAACUGUGUAUUUAUUGAUCUUGUGUGAGAGAUGAGAUGAACUAUCAAUAAAAUGUGUGACAAAAGACUGUGUCUAACAAAUGAUUUCCUUAUGUAUUAAAGCCACAACAAUCAGCCUCCGUUGUUUUGCGAAACAUUUUAUUUUAAAAAAAGAAAAACAUGAACAGAAUUUUUAUAAUACAGCUCAUUUUCUUUGUACAUGGCGUGAAUAUUUACAGUUUUUAAAAAACCCCAAAGACAAAAUAUAUAUAUUUAUAUACUGAUAAACAUGUAACACUACAAGUGUAUCUCAAAGGCAUAUGACUCGGUAUGUAUUGAUAUCUACCAACCACCUUUGAGGUACAUUUGAAACUUCAGGCACGGAUCUACAGGAGACGUACGUCUCCACAUUGAAUCAAAA